CUAGGGAUAAACAGCUUACAGAGAUUUUCAUUCUCUAAGAACCAUCGAGGGUGACUUUGUCAAGAGAGAACUCAAAUUUGCAAGCGGCUGUGUUUUCCUAAGUAUCUACCCUAGAACCAGAGCAAAUGACUCUUUAUGGUGACCUCUAGCGGACACGGGGCAGUCCUACAAAAUUACGAAAAGUAGAGAGCAAAGUAAAACCCUUCCUCAAGGUACUCCGUGGUCAUAGGACGGAAUCCUACCCCUCCACCCUUACAUAUUUUUUUCUUCCAGUGUUUGUUUUGCAUCCUAACAUCAUCUCCAUUACAUACGACUCACGUGUUUCUUGCCUUUGACGGGCUGGGCUGCCGGUGUCAGAUGUGUGAACUGCUGUUUGAAAUAAUGUCUGACAAGUCGAACCCCACUCCCCUUGGCUUUGCAGAGUGUGGUUGGCUUCACCAGGCUUUAAGACCGUCUUUGCUUUUGGAGGGUCGGUGCCGCAGUCGCACGAGGGUGCAAGGGGGGAGGGGAGGACCGGACACCGAGACAGCAAGACCGAUGCAAUGAGACAUUCUGGGUUUUGCCAGUGAAAGAUUCUCUCCGGACUGCCACCCCACUCCACGAGAGGCAUCGUGAGAGCGAUGUAGGCGCCCUUUCAGGGCUUGAGGCUGGAAAAGAGAAGGAAGCCGGGGCGGGUCCGCCGGCCCCUGGAGUCGCGCGCGGAGCGGGUGGGGGUUGAGGGGCUGGGUGCGCGGCCGCCUUCGGAGCGCACCGCACGUGGGGCGCCCCACGCGCGGAAAGGAAGCGCAAAGUCGGCAAGCAAAGCCGCGACUAGGUUGCUUGCUUUGAGAAAUCCUUUAGAGCGGCCUUAGAAGCCGACCCGGGUACCGAACAGUCUCUGGCAAUGGCUCAUCCAGACGCCGUCUGCUCCCUACUUCCAAUCCCUCACCUUGGUCCUCACUUCUGCACCCCUCCUUCCCGCACCUCCUUUCAAGGACGGUUUAAAGGAACCUGGGAGAGGUGUGCAGGUCAUCCCGAUGGCCCCAGGGCUCCCCGCAGCCAGCAUCACGCCCCACGCAGCCCUCCCGGCCACUGCGGGCGGGGGCGCACGGCGUCACGAGGCGGGGAGCCCGAGGUCCGGGGCGGGGCGCCGGGGAAUCCCAGCCCGAGCGAGCCGGGAGGUGCGGGCGGGCGCGGGCAGGCAGGAGGUGCGCGCGGAGGGAGCAGAGGAGCGCGCGGAGCCGGCGGGCGAGGAGGAGGACGGCGAGGGAGGACGGUGAGGGAGGCCCCGCCCCCGGCUCCCGGAGCCCGCUCCUCGCCGCCGCUGAGCCCGCUCACUUUGCCUCUCGCCUCUGGACGGCUGCCGGGCUGCGUGCAUCGGGGACCGGGGAGCCCUGCCCACGGCGCCUUGGCUACCGCGCGCCCUCCGGGAGGCCGGCACCGCCUGGAGCCGCGGACACCCACCGGGACUCUCGAAGAGCGAACCCAGGAGCGCGGGGCGGCGGCAGUGACACCGCGGGGGGGAUCCAGGCGGCGCGGGGCGCAAGCCCCUGGGGAGCGCGGGCCCCGACGGCGCGGCCACCCCGUGCGCUCGGUGGGCAGGCCCCCGGGGCGGCCAGCCAUGACCUUCGGGCGCGGUGGGGCGGCCUCGGUGGUGCUGAACGUGGGCGGCGCCCGGUACUCGCUGUCCCGGGAGCUGCUCAAGGACUUCCCGCUGCGCCGUGUGAGCCGGCUGCACGGCUGCCGCUCGGAGCGCGACGUGCUCGAAGUGUGCGACGACUACGACCGGGAGCGCAACGAGUACUUCUUCGACCGGCACUCGGAGGCCUUCGGCUUCAUCCUGCUGUACGUGCGCGGCCACGGGAAGCUGCGCUUCGCGCCGCGGAUGUGCGAGCUCUCCUUUUACAACGAGAUGAUCUACUGGGGCCUGGAGGGCGCGCACCUGGAGUACUGCUGCCAGCGCCGCCUAGACGACCGCAUGUCCGACACCCACACCUUCCACGCGGCAGACGAGCUGGGCCGCGAGCAGGCUCGCCCGGCCGGGUCCGAGGCGGCUCCCUCCCGGCGCUGGCUGGAGCGCAUGCGGCGCACCUUCGAGGAGCCCACGUCGUCGCUGGCCGCGCAGAUUCUGGCUAGCGUGUCCGUGGUGUUUGUGAUCGUGUCCAUGGUGGUGCUGUGCGCCAGCACGCUGCCCGACUGGCGCGCAGCGGCCGCCGCCGACAACCGCAGCCUGGAUGACCGGAGCAGGAUAAUUGAAGCUAUCUGCAUAGGCUGGUUCACCGCGGAGUGCAUCGUGAGGUUCAUCGUCUCCAAAAACAAGUGUGAGUUUGUCAAGAGACCCCUGAACAUCAUUGACUUGCUGGCAAUCACGCCCUAUUACAUCUCUGUGCUAAUGACAAUGUUUACAGGCGAGAACUCGCAGCUCCAGAGGGCUGGAGUCACCUUGAGGGUGCUCCGGAUGAUGCGGAUCUUCUGGGUGAUUAAACUCGCCCGGCACUUCAUUGGUCUGCAGACGCUGGGUUUGACUCUCAAGCGAUGCUACCGAGAGAUGGUUAUGUUACUUGUCUUCAUCUGUGUUGCCAUGGCAAUCUUUAGUGCACUUUCUCAGCUUCUUGAACACGGGUUGGACCUGGAAACAUCCAACAAGGACUUCGCCAGCAUCCCCGCUGCCUGCUGGUGGGUGAUUAUCUCCAUGACUACAGUUGGCUAUGGAGAUAUGUAUCCUAUCACAGUGCCUGGAAGAAUUCUUGGAGGAGUUUGUGUUGUCAGUGGGAUUGUUCUGUUGGCAUUACCUAUCACUUUCAUCUACCAUAGCUUUGUGCAGUGUUAUCACGAGCUCAAGUUUAGAUCGGCUAGGUAUAGUAGGAGCCUCUCGGCUGAGUUCCUGAAUUAAUGUGUUGUGAAUCAGUCCUUGCUCACACUUGACUUGAUUGAGAGUUGACACGACUUCUUAUUCAUGUGUUUCUCCCUGGGUGAGCCCUGCAGUGGCGUUGUCAUCGUGUUGAUGGGGCGAACGAUAUUCUUUCCAGUUGAAGGGAUAAAGCAGUCUACUUAUGGAGUAAACAGGACGGGGACCACUCACACACACCGGUGACACCAAGAGUAAACUUCAGGACCUGGCUUUAUUUGGUCUUGUCUUUGCCUUGGCUCUCGCAGGCCCAUUGUUGUGGGAUGUUGUUAAGCCCAUUAUUUGAACACUUGAAAGUAGAAAGACACCAUUCUCCAAAUGCUUUUCCGUCUUAACGAAUUCAGAAGAAGCUUGGAACUUACAGUGUUAUUUUUGAGACUAACAUUUUCAUUUCUAAAUGUUUUAUAAUUUCUCAUAUCAAUGUCAGAAGUAUCCUGGAAACAUAUGCCACAUGUGCGAACUGUUUAACAAAUACUUUAAAAAGUUGGCCCAAAUUUAAACUGUAGCACGGAGCUAGAGACAAGCAAAAAUAUUAUUUGGAAAAACUUUGCACACUUCUCUGUGCCCAGCUUAAUUUUUGUGCCUGUCACUUCCCUUAUCUUAAUAACUUCGUGGAACCUGAAGUGUGUUUUCUCUUCCUCGUUAGGCUGCCCACUUUACUGAAGUAACUUCCAAAGAGUAUGUGAGAACGGAGAGAGCUUAUAUUGUUUAGUGUUUGGUUGGGUGAUGUUAGAAUCCAUUGCUGUGACUUAGGCCAUAAGAGUCCUAACAUUCAGAAAGCCAGGAAUUCCUAACAUGAAAUGAUAAUAGAAAUGGUUUGAUAUUCUUGGUGUUAGAGCCCAUAGGUCUCCUCUCCAGUUCUUUACUUUCCCUCAGCACCGCGGGUUUAAAGGAAGAAAAGAUAUUUACUUAGCCUUUUGGCACAAAAGUCGUACUUAAGUGUCGUCUAGGUUGUCAUUAAAGGAGAAAUGCCGACUGUCUUAGUUGAGUGUUGCUAAGUCAGCUCGAAGCCAGCUCUAGGCAGCGCAGAUACAAUUAUUUGGCCUGAUUCCCCAUCGUGAACCACAGUCACCCCAAACCUCUUCUUGUGAGGAUGUCAGACAACAGACCACAUUACCCCAUCUAGACGGCUAGUGUUAGAUGGAGCAAAAGCGAUGGCCGUUCAGUGCUCAGUUUUCAUAACUAUGAAUGAGACUAUUGGAUUUUCAAUAACUCUUAAUAAAGAAAUCAUGUGAACGCACAGAAACAUCAAAGUCACUGAUUCACCAAUAAUUUAGUUUGCGUACUGUGAUUAUCAGGGGCGAAGGAAGUGGGUUGGGGCCUGGAUGUGCUUUUCAACCUAAGAAUUGCCAGAAGUGUCUACUAAAGGAGUAUUAGCCAUGAGUUAGCUUUCACUGUUACAGGUAGAAAAACCAAGGCAAGAGAGGAUGUGCUAAUUAAGGAGCUAGGGCCGGAACCUUUGUCUCCUGUGAGCAGGCUCGGCAGUUUCUUCUGCAGACCUCUCUAGGCUUGGCAGAAACUGUCAUAGGCCACACUUCUUUCUCGUUGCCAUGAUCAGGUAAUAAUAGCAAGACUGUUUCCUUUUCCCUAAUUCCCUUUUCUGAAUUCAUGUGAUACUGGCCUUUAAAAAAACCUCACCGUUUCUUCCCUCCACCUUCACUGGUGUGCUAACUUCACACACUAGAUUGUUAUUUAUGUAUUUCUGUUGCAUUUUAACUGAACAUAUGGCAUAGUUUUAUUUAUUUUUAAGUUUUGUGAUUUAUGCAAAUUGUAUGCAGUUGAUAGUUCAUCUAUAUUAUUAGUAAGAAUAUGCUAACUUUAAUUUUACGGGCGCUGUGAUACUUCAUGUGGAUAUGUUUCACCUCUCCAAGCAGCUUAGUAGUACUGUUGUGAGCUCAAACCCUUGAGGGCACACACACAUUGCCAUAUCCUCACAGUGUGUGUUACAGACAGGCUCAUGUGUGGCAGAAACUGAUAUGAAGAGACAAGGGGAUGUCAUGGCUGGAUGUGUACAUGGUUAGCCACACGUAGGAAUCCACACAGGUGCUCUAAGUUGCUUUUAGGUAGGAAGUGACGAUGCUCGACUUUUCACAGGGACUUUCAUAGGAAGCACUUGGAUGUUGCUAACGGCAGUUCACCUACUGUUUAUAAACAAAAAGAUAAGGCGUGAUAAACUGGUUCAUUCAUAAGUGAGAAAAUACAACAGAGUUGGUUUAUCCUGUAGGUUGUUGUAGCAUGUUAGGGACGGGUAUUUUCUUCCAGUUUUCUCUGGGUAUCAUGGAUUUUUGUUUUACUUAUUUUUUCAUUUGUUUAUUUUGCUUUUUCGGAGAUAGGGUCUCUUGCUGUAUACCUUAGGCUGACCGCAAACUUGUGACAAUUCUCCUGCCUCUGCCUCCCAAGUGCUAGAAUUACAGGUGCAUGCCAGAACAUCCAGCUGCUUUAAAAACAAACCCAGAACAGAUGGUUCAGUGUUUAAGAGCACUUACUGCUCUUGCAGAAGCCUGAAGUUCAGUUCCUAGCACCCAUGUGGUUGCUCACAAUUGUCUGAAACUCCAGUUCCAGGGGAUCUGGCGCCCUCUUUUGGUCUCUGUGAGGUUCUUCACACAUGUAACGAGCAUAUACUCACACAGACGCACACAUAUGUGCAUAAAUUCUAAAAAUAAAUAAACAAUUAUCAAAAAUUGCUGGGGUGGUGUCUUCUUCUUAGAUGUCCUUUAGCAAUCUUUCACAGCUCGGUCUUCGUGGCACUAAUGCGUGCGUGAGGACCCACACCCACCCCGAGGAGUCAGAGAGAUCCUCAGCUAGAACACUGAGAAGGGGAGAUACCCAAGUCUUUGUUGUGAAUGUACUGCAUUUGAACAGAUGUGAUUCAUCGCUCUUACACAUUUGAUUUGUAUUCCCUGAAACAAGGGGGGGGGGAACAAAACUAGGGAAUAUGUGUGAAAGUGGGCAUAUAAUUUAAUAAAUUCUCUUUUGUUGUUUUUGUUUGUUUCUUUCUUUUUUGAGACAUAGUUUCUCCAUAUAGCUCUGGCUGUCCUGGAACACUCUGUAGACCAGACUGGCCUCAAACUCAGAGAUCCACCUGCUGCCUGAGUGCUCAGAUUAAAGGUGGCACUACCAUGCCCGAUUCUUCUUCUUUUUUUUUUAAUUAUUAUUACUUUUGUUGAGUUGCUUGUUCAAACACUUCCAUUUGUCCUUGGAGUUAGUAG